AUGAGAGAGAACACGAGAGAGAGAGAGAAGCAGGAAAUCGCGUCAGUCUAGGCAGUGGCAGCAGCGAGUCCGGUCGAGGAGCGAAAGGGCCUCUUGGGUUUACUGUUUAUGCGGAGUUACGGGUGACAAUGACCUGGCUGAGGCGGUGCUCGAAGACUGCGAUGGUGACGAUGGUGAUACUGAUAGUGACGACAGAGAAGCGGAUUCACGCAUUCAACUUGAACACCACUAUGGCCCGUGUUGGAACCGGUCCUCCUGACUCCGACUUCGGCUUCAGCGUUGCCCUUUGGUCUGAUUUCAAAGGGGAAAAGAGUGUGGUCGUUGGAGCCCCGAAGGGAGCGAACGCGACCAUUAGCGAAGGGAAGCCACCCAUGGGGAACAUCUUUAUAUGUGACCUUCAAGAGAUGACCUGUGAACCUGACCCUCGCCUUCCCUCAGUAUCGGACAGCGACAAGAGCAAACCUGCCUUAGAACUCCCUCGUCCUCUUCCCAUGGCUUUUGGACAAACUUUAAGUACCCUGAACAGAGAUUCCUCGCAUCUAGCUGCCUGUGCACCAAACUACCCGAGGCUCGAGGGAGUCUACCAGAUUCGUGGGGCUUGCUUUGUGCUGGAGGAUCGUACCGCGACUCCCAGCAAGAUUAUAAUGUUCAAUGCAACAGCCGGAAAAGACAACACAUUUCAAAACGCCUCUGCGGGUUUCAGCGCUCAGCUAUUUUCAAAGGGAGAUGUUCAUAUUGUGACUGGUGGACCGACGGCAUAUUAUCUCGAAGGAGUGGUGAACGUCAAGAAGCUCUCAAGCAGAGGCGUAGGUUCCGUCAACCGCUUCACUAAUUCGACUUUCAACAUGUCCUCCGACCCCACCUACAAUCUGGAAGGGACUUACGAAGGCUGGCAGGUGGCGGCAGACAAGUUCGACGGAGAAGAGGUGUUCGUCGCGGCGUCGUUGGUCAAUUUCGGGAAAUACACCGGGAUGGUGAAAUUCUACCCGACCUCGCUCAAGCGGGUCGAGAGGACCCUGGAAGGCCGAGAGACCGGAGCCAAGUUCGGGUACAGUCUGGCGUCGGGAGAUUUCGACGGGGACGGCGUAUCGGAUCUCGCUGUCGGGUCGCCGCUCUGUCGGGGGGAGAAGAAAACGGACGAUGCAGGGGGCGUGUCCGUAUUUUACUCGCCGCUGAAGAAGAGUGCGUCGCAGAAAGAGCAAGAGAUCAAAGGUCAGAUUGCAUGGGCGAGAUUCGGCCUGGCUCUGACCUCGCUUGGGGACGUCAACGCCGAUGGAUACGAUGACCUAGCUGUGGGCGCCCCCUAUGAAGAUGAUAGAGGUGCUGUGUAUAUAUUCAACGGUGGUUCAAGCGGCCUUCUCCUUCAGCCUUCUCAGGUACUCCGGGCGUCCGAUUUCCCAGGUAACUUGAGAGGCUUUGGCUUCAGCUUGGACGGCGGCGUAGACAUGGACGAAAACGGCUAUACGGACAUGGCGAUCGGCGCUCUGGGGGCCGAGUCAGCUGUGCUUGUCAGAUCCGCCCCGGUCGUCACCCUCGUCGGGAACUUCAGCUUCGAGUCGGACUCCAUCUUCAUCGAGGACAAGCAAUGCGGGGACGAAGUGGCAGGCUAUAAGUCGAAGAGGGGCACGUGCGUCUCGCUCAGCGUCCAGAUGGCUUAUGAGGCCAAGACGUCGCUGGGGAAUCUCGCCAUGCUCUUCCGCCUCACUCUGGACGGCCAAGGCACCGCUCGGCACCACGUGUUUUACAGUAAUAAUGAACACAGGUAUGAACGCACAUCAGAUGUCCCAUAUGGAGGGAAGCCUUUAGCUUGGAAGGUCAUAGUUUUUUCAAAAUCCAACCAAUCUGUCACCAACCAGGCCCUCCGCGCUUCAUUAUCGGUAUAUCUCCUUCCUCCGAGUGAGUCAGAAGGGCGUGAGGACGUGGUGCCGCCUGUUCUGAAUGCCCUGAGCCCUACCAACUUCAGUGCCUCCGUUGUGUUCACCUGUAAGAGCGAUGCGACGUGUUUUUCCAAGCCUGAGUUGACCCUUGGAGGAUCGGCUGAAACCCUUAUAGUCGGCAAAGAUAAAGUGGACGUGAGUAUCCAGCUGAGGGUGAGGAACCAGUCAGCCCACGCGGUUAAGAUCCGCAUCCAGCACCCGACGCCCUUGAAGUACCUGUCGGCGAGGGGGCAAGGGGUUCGGCCCCCUGACUGCCGCUACCAAAAUCUGAUCAGCGUCCAGAAUCCUACGUCGCUCCUGUGUACGUUUAGGACCAUCGACGUGGAUGAUGAGGUAAACUUCACACUGGUUUUCACCCACGACCCUGAGUCCCUGAUGAACUUACUCGAACGCUCCACCUUAAGUGUGAAUUUGACAGCCACGAGCGACGGGGUUGACAGCACCAGCAGCUUGAACAAUGGCUACAGCAUCGCUAUUCCUACGGCGCUGGAUUCCGUGCUCCACACUGGAAGCGCCUCAGAGACAGACACGAUAUCCGUCAAAGUCAACCAGUCUUCGACCAUGAACGAGAUCGAGGAGGCGAGGGCCCAGGACAUCCCUGUGUCGGUCGAGCGCCUCGGGCCCCAGAUGCAGCACGAGUUCAUCCUGGAAAACCGUGGUCCUUCGCCGGUGAAGAACACGAAGCUGGAACUGUUGCUGCCGAUUUUCGCCAGCGGGAGACAAGUCACUUACCUGUACCAACAACCCAUUAUUUUCGGACCCGUCAAUUGCUCAACGCUGCCGAUAAAUCCACUGUCACUGGAGCCACCAGGUCACGGGAACUACCUCCCUACACCCCCCCACUCCGCGUUGACCCAGGGAGAAAAAACAGCCUUUGUUGCACUGCAGCCGGAAGAGGGUCAAAGCCGUAGCAAGAGGGCAGCGGAAGAACCUACCACUACAGACUACCCUACCACUGAGUACCUCUACUCCGACUACUAUACAGACUACCAAGAAUACUACUACUACAACUACAACUACUACGGCAAUGCACCGUUGUCUGAGGGACAGGACACGCCGGAUACCAUCCCAAAGAAUGACAGGACUAAACCACAAAGCCAGGACGAUGCGCUUCACAAACUGAUAUUCUGCGACGAGCUAAGAUGCAGAAUAACAUGUGACAUAGCCCUUCUCCCGGCCGAAGAGAAAGUCAAAAUUAUCAUACCAAGUUAUAUAGCCAUAAGAGAACUCGACCAGCUUGGAUAUCGCAAGUUUAGGCUGCUGUCUGCUGUGCGUGUGAAUGUCACCCAGAAGAACAACACGCUGAUUAACCCCAUUGCUGCUGCAGAGACCUUUGUGUCUCUUAUUAGCCCUAAGAGAGCGAGCUUCGACUCCAUUCCGCUGUGGAUUCUCAUGCUGGCGGUUCUCUUCGCUCUGGUCAUCAUCCUGCUCAUCAUCGCCGGGCUGUGGAGGGCUGGCUUCUUCAAGAGGAACCGUCCACCUACAGGAGAAAAGAGAGAAAGUCUCAUACAUCAGGACUUCGCCAUCUGUAGACCUGACACAGACCUCGACGAGUUCCAGCCUCCACAGAACGCGAUAUAGGCAGUUCCAGGGCGCUCAUUGCAGACUGUGCGGAGAGGGAAAGGAGGCAGAGAGAGGAUGUGGACAAAAGCACUCAGGCUGGAAAGGGAAAAUGAGGAAGUGGGUGAGAGAAAUGUUAAGAUGGGGUUUGGUGAGGUUGAGGAGGAGGAGGAGGAUUAGAAGAAGAAGAAAAAGGAGAAGGAGAUGGAGAUGGAGAGAGGGGGAGGAGGAGGAGGAAAUAGAAGGAGGAGGAGGAGGAAGAGGAAGAAGGGGAGGAAGAGGUGGAAGAGGAUGAAGAGGAGGAAGGGGAGGAAGAGGAGGAAGAGGAGUAGGAGUAGGAGGAGGAGGAGGAGGAGGAAAGAGAGAUGGAAGAGGAGGAAGAAGAGACGAAGGGGGAGAAAGAGGAUGUGGAAGAUACAGUAAGGAAGAAAAAGAAAGGAAAUCGGAAGAAGAAGAAGAAAGACAAGAAGGAGGAACAGAGGUAUGGGAGGGAGUGCAGAUAGAGG